AGUCCAGACAGAGAGUGUCUGUGAGAGCGUUGGGUGUGUUCCAGUGCCGAGGCGUUUAUCAGCAGAGUGCGGCCCCGCUACACACAAUAUACAGGAGACAGAUAGUGAGGGGGAAACCCCAGGAAAUGACGGGUGGCUCUUCUUUACUGACUGUGCACGAUGUUCUCUCUUGUGGUGCUGAUGCUUUUGGGAUGUGUAAGCAGAGAGGCCUGGUCCUGUACAUGUGGCCCCCGUCACCCCCAGACAGUCUACUGUGACUCCCCUAUCGUGUUCAAGGCAAAGUUUAUCGGACAGAAAGACAGCGCGGAGCGAGAGCAAUGGACGGAGUUUGAAGUGAAAGCCACCAAGAUUUUCAAGGCUCCUAAAGAUCUUGAUGACGUCCAGUUUGUGUACAGCUCGAAGAUAGAGAGUAUGUGCGGCUACCAACACCCCUCAACUAACAAGAGCGAAGAGUUCCUGGUGGUCGGGACCUUGGUGGACAACAAGGUUUACAUCAACACCUGUAGCUACGUGGUACCAUGGGCCUCCCUGUCCUUGGGCCAGAAGAGGGGCUUCCUGCAGGUGUACGCCAAGCACUGUAACUGCCAGAUAAAGCAGUGCUUCGGGCCCUGUUCUCUGGAUAACAGCCUCCAGUGUCUCUGGACCGACCCACUGAUGAGAAAGAAGUCUCUGUACGCCAACUACCAGGCUGCCACCUACGCCUGCAUGUACAAUGGUGAAGACAUGUGCAGCUGGAAAAGCCUGAAGUCCCGCGUGUACACCGCCACCACCACUGACAGCAACACAGCCCAGUAAGAAGGUCCGCGGGGUCACCGGCGCAACAUUUACCACUCCUGACCCUUCACCAAGAAGUAGCACAAAGCAUCUCUGCAGCUCCACACCAAGAGGGCAAACCCCAAGAAAGAGCAACUGCAGCGCCCCCUGCUGAUAGUGAGCGUCACUCCUCAGCCAAUGUUGUAAGCACUCAGUGCUAAGUCACAGGAUCUCUACUGCUUUAUACAUGUAUUGGACUUUAUUUUAAUAAAUAUUUUUUAGGAUUUGUUUUGUACAUA